AUGAGGUUGCUCAAAGUCGCGGCUUCCCUCGCUCUUGCAUCGGUAGUUGCUGCGGUACCUGAUCUGUUUAAGGUCAGAAGGGAUGCUUCGUCGAACUCGACCUGCGUCUCUCAAAGUGACGCCGAGAACAUCGUUGCCAAGUUUAUGACCGUCAUGGAACAUACAGAUGUCAACGCUGCCAACGAGACGGUGCAAGAGCUUCUCAGUGACAGUUUUACCGAGACAAGCGAUUCGAUCAACACCAUUGCAGGCAACGCUCUCGGCAGUAUUACCUUUCCCAAUAAGGUAGCUUACAUCGCUUCCAUUCUGAAUGCACCAGCACCGCGCAACAUUACAACACUCAAGCUCAUGCCCGCUGGCUGUACCAACAUUCUGUGGUAUUGGAAGAUGCAGGUCGGUACCGACUUGGUGCCGGUCCAAGGGUUCAACUUGAUGGAAGUUGGCGAGAAUAACAAACUACUCGGGCAACUCAUCGAAUUCAACAGUAUCGCGUGGGCCGUUAACACAGGAUUCACUGUCAAGAACCGUGUCGGGCAGAACGUCCCUGUGCCCGGCCAAAUCUCGGCGUCUGCUACUGGCCUUGCUUCCUCGGCUGCAAGCGUGUCAGCAACAUCAGUGCUCCCUCUCUUGCUGACAGCUGUUGUCAGCUAUUGGGGAGCUCGUCUUUGA